AUGGAGGACAGAACAAGUUUUGUUCUGGGAAUCUUCAUUCAAUACUUAGAAACUCCAAUAGUCAAAGCCAACAAUCGCAACCUCUCCUAUGUUCUCCUCGUCUCCCUUCUGCUUUCAUUUCUCUCCUCUUUUCUCUUCAUUGGUCAGCCCCAGAAGCUGACCUGCCUUCUCCGACAAACGGUCUUCAGCAUCAUCUUCUCCGUUGCCGUCUCUUCUGUGUUGGCCAAGACUGUCACUGUGGUGGUGGCCUUCAUGGCCUCACAGCCAGGCAGCAGGAUGAGGAAAUGGCUGGGGAAGAGCAUGGCCAACUCCAUUGUCUUUUCCUGCUCCGGUGUUCAAGUGGGCAUCUGCACUCUCUGGCUGGGCAUCUCUCCCCCCUUCCCAGAGGCUGACAUGCACUCCCAGCCUGGACAGAUCGUCCUGCAAUGUAACGAAGGGUCUGUCACCAUGUUUUAUGCUGCCCUCGGCUACAUGGGCUUCCUGGCCGCCGUCUCCUUCACGGUGGCUUUCCUAGCCAGGAAGCUGCCUUGGGCCUUCAAUGAAGCCAAGCUGAUCACCUUCAGCAUGUUGGCUUCCGAAGGCAAAGUGCCCCGUCAAUAUGAUAACUGA